AUGGCGCCGAUUGACGUUCAUGCUGCUGGUAGUGCUCUGUGCUGGCUGCAAUCUCAGGGUGCUCUACCAGAUUGUGAAGCUCUAUUUCUACUAACCCAUAGGAGCUUGCUUCAUGCUUCUGAUUUGCCCCCUGUUUGGGCUUAUAGUGGUCUGGAAAACUUCCUCGACGGCGAGAUCUGGAUGGUCGUCGUCCACAGAUCGACUACCUUCUUCAGCUCUGAAUGGCCACGACCACCGCUCUUCUCCUCCGAUGGGUUGUUGAAGGACUUUUCUAGUUUGCUUGGGAAAGAGCUAGUGGGUGCGACGACGGAGGAUUUGCAGCGACGAGAAAAAGAAGGGGAAGGGGAAGUCUAAGUGGCGGAUAAAAAAAAGAUUGUAGGGGUUUUCAAUUAAUUAAAAGAAAUGGGCUAUUUUCACUUGAUAUUUUCAUUUAUUAUUUUUAUUAUUUAAUUAAUUAAAAUUUUGCCACGUAAAUAUCAAUCAUUAGUCCAGUCAACAUCGAUAGUUAAUUCGUUAAAGUUUUGGACCGAAUGGCUAUUUCUCUGUAUUGUUUUAAAGAUGACUAUUAUUGUCAAGAAGUGGAUAAUUAUGGC